AUAUUAAUUAAGUAAUAGUUAAUAGGUUCAUAUAUGUUUUAAAACAAAAAAAUGUCAUUCUUUCAAGAACCUAUAACGUAAAACUUAAUGAAUAAUGAAUUUGUCAAAUACAUUUUCUUUGUAACUCAAAACUUAUGAAUAAUGAAUUUAUCAAAUUCAUUUCCUUUGUAACUCAAAACUUUAAGUGAUGCAUUUGUUUCAAAACUAAUUUAAACAUAACUCUUAAAAAAUCUUUAACCAAUGUAUUUGUUUCAAAAUUUAUUGAAACAUAAAAUCAAACACAUGUUAGAGACAAUUGCAAUAAGCUGAAGAAAUGUGACUAUUGCCAUGCUACUGGUCAUAUAAUGGAUGAUUGUUUUAUGUUGAUUGGUUACUCAGAAAAUUUCAAAGGUAAGAAGAAGAUUAAUGUAGCUAUGGCUGGAGGCCAUGUGCAUGCUGUCCACCACCAACAACAAGCAACAUCGGGUCAACAAAUGGUGAAGAAGGAAAAUACCGUAAUUGAAGAUCAAUUAGCCAACAAUGAUAUGCUCUCACAGGAUCAAUUGACACACCUGAUGACCAAAGCUACCCCAGAUCAAUUUCAGCAGAUCUUAAAGGUUUUGAAUGCCAACAGUGUUGGUGAGUUACAUGGAACUAUCAAUAUGGGGGACUGUAUGUGCUGAAUUGGAAGACUAAAGCGACGGGAAGCAAAACUUUAUCUGCUAUCAGUAGAACUGAAGAUCCAUCAAUCUGGCAUAAAAGAUUGGGUCAUAUACCCAUGAGUGUGCUUAGAAGAAUAAAAGAGUUUAACAAUUGCAGUAGUUUCACUUUAGAUCAUUGUGUUGUUUGUCCUAAAGUUAGACAGGUUAGGGUCCCUUUUCCUGUUAGCAACACAAGCACAAAUGAUGUAUUUGACUUAGUACACAUGGAUGUCUGGGGACCCUAUAAAGAGGCUACUCACUCAGGAAUGAGAUAUUUUCUUACUUUGGUUGAUGAUAAAUCUAGAUGGACAUGGACUUUUCUACUAGUCUUGAAGUCUGAUGUAAUUGUUGUUCUAAGACAGUUCCUGUUAAUGAUAAAAAAUCAGUUUGAUAAA